AUGGAAUCAUCAAUGAAAAUAUUAUUAUUUUUAUUGAUCGUUUUGAACGGUUUUUUCAUAAGUUGUUAUCAGUACGCGGACGAUGAUAAAAUAAUACCGUAUUCGACGAUAAGAAUGAGAAGAAAAUUAUUUUCGAAAAGGAGACACAGAACCAUAUGCAAUUUCGAAAACGAUGAGAAAAACAACGAAAAACUUCGGGAAGUGGUCAAAUAUUCGAAUUUCGUUUUUACCGGUAAAGUUUUGAGUUAUUACGAAGAAUCGAAAACGAAUGGUGUCGCGAGAAAAAAAUCGAUGUUGAUCGAUGGUGUCAAUGAUGGCGACGGUGUCGGUGUCGGUGUCGGUGGUGAUAAUAAUAAAAAACAAGAAAAACGUCAUAAUAAUAAUAAUAAAAAAUCGAAAAAGUUAAAAUCGGGUAAGAUAAAAUCGUCGUUGAAAUCGUUCGAAACGAAUAACACGAUCGACGUUAAUAUAAAAAAUUAUUAUUAUUAUGGUAAAGAAAAGAAAAAUGGCGAAAAAUUUGUCGUGGAAAUAAAAAGAGCCAUCAAAGGUGGAAAAGAAUUAUCGGAAUAUAGUAGAGUGAUUGUUAACGUGCCGAAAGAAUUUGUUUCCGGCGUGGAAAUAACAUCGGAUCCGACGUUAAAUACGAAUUGCGUUGAAUUUCAUCCCGUUUUGAAAAUACGUUCGACCGCCAUUUUAUUGACGAAAAAACUUAACGGAAGUAAAAUUUUGGAAUUAACUUAUUUUCCGGUUGCCAUGACUCUAAGACAUCUGGAUAAAGUGGAUGCUGCUGUUACAGGUAGGAAAAACAAACAUUUAUUUAUUUAUUUUUUCAUUUUGUUUUCUCGUUAA